GCUGGUCACUCAGUACACCUCCGACUGUCCGCGCCUGUGUUUGUGUGACGAUGGUGUGCAAGGUGGCUCCGAAACUAGAAUAUUCGCCCCGACGGAACGAUGGUCAGGAUGGUGCGGUACAUGAGGUAGUCGACUAUGAGACCGCCCUGGACUCUGCUGGCUACGGGCGCUUCAGCCGGAGCGUGUUGGGCGCGUGCGCGUGCGCGUUCCUGGCGACGGGCGUACAGAACUGCGUCAUGUCGUACGUGCUGCCGGCCGCGCGCUGCCAGCUCGCGCUCACCACGUACCAGGCCGGCCUCAUCAAUAUGGCCUUCAUGAGCGGUGGUGUAGCCAGCGCAUUUUUCUGGGGAAUAGUGGCUGAUGUUUUUGGCAGAAGAAAUAUGCUGAGUAGCACAUUAUUGGUAGACUCGGCAAUUCUCUUGGGCCAAAGCUGUAUAUCCGACUUUAGAUUGUUGUUAGCGGCUAGAUCACUGGACGGAUUCUUAAUUGGUGCAACAUCUACUCUUGUAUUUUCAUAUUUGUCUGAUUUGGUCGGUGAGAAGAAGCGACAAUUUUAUUUAGACCUCGUUGGAAUGAGUUUUGUCGCAGCAUGGCUGAUUUUACCAGCGUUGGCUUGGUUGAUAAUCCCCUUUAACGUUGGAUCCACUAAAUGGCUGCCAAUACACUCUUGGAGGCUGUACCUCGCUCUCGGAAGCAUACCUGGGUUUAUAGCAGGAGUCUGGGUGAUGUUCCUACCGGAGAGUCCAAGGUUACUCUCUGACACUAACAGGGGUGAUAUGGCUGUGAAGAUCAUGGAAAGGAUUUACAAAUCUAACAAUGGUGACACAACAGAAUUUAAAGUAAAAAAAAUCAUACCGGAUAAUAUUUUUGUAUCCAAAACUCAGAACGGCGAAGAAAACAAAACAAAAGCACUAUUUAUAUCCGUUUUGAAGGACUUGAAGUUAUUCGUUUCAAAGGCCUACGCGAUGAAGUCGAGUCUCAUACUUUUUGUAUUUUUUGCAAAUAUGGCUGCUGGUUUCGGCCUGAACCUUUGGAUUCCUGAACUUCUUCUUCGCAUGCAAGGAAAAGAGUGUAUGCAGCACAGUCAAACAAACACGCCUUUCAAUGCCACCCUUGCUUGGAGAGAGAGGGUUCCAAAAACUUACGGCGUAGACGCCAGAUUGGAAGUUGGACAAUAUAAUGAGACGUUAGAAGCGCAUGAUGGGACAAAAGUGCCUUGCGACCAAAUCAUUGAUGAUUCGGUGUUCACGUCAGGCCUCAUAGUGGGCGCGUGCUGCGUAGUCGGCAACAUAGUUUGCGCGGUGUGCGCUCGAGGUGGAGCGCGUGGCGUGCGACUCGCUGCGGUACUCUGCGCGUUGGCGUGCGCGCUCGCGUGCGUAUGUCUCGCGAUCAGCGCCUGCGCGUGCGCACGAGCACCGCUCGCGGUCGCUGCGGCCGCCCUGCUGAAUGCUGCUUCACUAAACGGAAACGUGCUGCUCAUUCGACUGAUUCUCCAUGCGCUGCCGGCCAAGCUCAGUGGUCUGGGUGUAUGCUGGGGCGCGUUCUGGGGCCGCGCUGGUGGUGUGGCGUCAAACUUGGCUGUGGGGACGUUGCUGGACUUUUCCUGUCAGGCGCCGUUCAUAUCCGUCGCGGCUCUCCUGGCGUUGUCAAUAAUAGCGAUCGUCAUGAUAAAAUUAGAAGAAACGAAGACUGUGGAUGACGAGAAGAUGGAGGUGGAAGUCCAGGAAAAGCCGGCUGCUUUAGAGAGAUAUAUUUCCACACACAUGUAGGUGAUUUUUGAAUGCGUAAUAAAGUGGUGAGACUUUGGUAAAAGAAAGGUUUUAAGCGUAAGCCUGCGAUCAAUUAAAUUUUAAAAUAUGACUCCAAAAAGAAAAAAUAAUGAGUUACUAAACUAUUAUUAAUAUUGAAGGUAUGGAUUUAGGUACAAUUAUAUUAUGAGCUUUAUUGUGCCCAACUAAACUAAACAUUAUGGUUUCUGUAAAAAAAUUGUAUGAAAUUCUAUGCGUAAUUAUUUUAGUAAUAGGUAUAAUCAUGUGAGGCUGCUACCUGUUUUUUUUUAUUCAAGAGCUAGCUUAUCGAUGUUUGUUUUAACUAGAGCCAGUUCUACCAUCAUCAGUAUUUCAUAAAUCAGGCGUUUGAUUUUUAUUUUACAAAAAAUCCAAUUUACUGUUAUAGAUAGACACGGUAAUUAAAUUUUAUCUGUGGUUUAUCUGCUCGAUACAUUGAUAAGUUCUGGUAACACUUGAGUCUGAACUAGAACGUGCAACAAUGCAGAUGAAAAUAGUAUUAAGAUGAAUGUGCCUUCGAUGUGAUUUUGUCUAUUAUUAUCUUUUUAUUGAUAAGACGUAUUGCGAUAUGAAUUUUAAGCUAUUUGUGUUCCUAUGAUUUAAAAUUUAUACUCAUGAUAAAUUAAGAAUUUAUAGC